CUUGUCGCUGACCCUCAGUGGGGGUCAUUUAAUAUGCAUGCUUCAAUCAGAUUGAAUCAAUCUUAGCACGAAGCCGUUUAGAUCCGAUGCAAUCUUGAAUCUUGAUGCAACUCACCCCCCAAAAACAACCAACUCACGAGUCACGACGACAGCUCCCUCGUUCGCGUCGUCUCGUCGGGGACCCGAUGACCGUAUUUCACCUCUUUCUCGAACCCAGCGCUGCUAAUCGCUACUAUUCGAGACGGAUUGCCAUCAGGAUGUGAGGUAGGAAAUGCCUCUUAUCGAAAGCACUCGAGCCGCGACGCGCUGGAUCACCCGUACAAUUCCCGUUAUCCUCGUCGCCGCCGUUAGCUAUGCUACUUAUGCCGUGGUCGGUAGGGUCUGUUCCAACUACCUUAUCGGCAAACGAGGCGAGGUCGGCGCAGCCAUUGCCAUUCUAGUUCUAUACUUCAUACUUCUCUUAUUGAUGGUCGGUACUUAUCUAAGGACUAUACUUACCGUCCUUCUCGAUCCGGGAGUUGUGCCAUUGGGGCCGGGGGUAAUUGAACGAAAGAAGGCUGCAAGAGACCGACGAAGACGAAGGCGUCAGGAACCUGACCUCGAAAGCCUACCCUACUACGCCGGCCCCGAUCUGAACCCAGAUAGUCCAGGCUUAGAGGAGUUUUACACAAAAGAUGUCUUUAUAUGCGAAAACGACGGUCGCCCAAAGUGGUGCUCGGAAUGUUCUACAUGGAAAGCAGAUCGGGUUCAUCAUAGCAGCGAAAUCGACCGUUGCGUCUAUCGCAUGGACCACUACUGUCCGUGGGUUGGCGGCAUGAUAGGGGAGAACUCCUUCAAGUUUUUUGUGCAGUUCACGACGUAUACUGCUUGCUACUGUGGCCUUGUCCUUGGGGCUACAGCUUCAAGUCUUCGAAAAGAAAUUAGUGAGGGAUCUCCGCUGGAUCCCCACUUCAUACCUGCCAUAGUACUGGCUGCUUUCUUUGGUCUUUUUACUUUUCUAAUGACUGUAACGUCAAUGCGUUACAUCUUUCUCAACAUGACGAAUGUUGAUAUGCUCGGAUAUCAAUCCAAGGUGUACCAAUUAGCCGUCCGCGUGCCCCGCGGUACCGAAUCGACAGAUAAGUUCACCGUGGUGACGUAUCCUCUACCGAGACCGGGUGAGCCUAUGAACGGUUGGUCUAACGGAACGGCCCGGCCCGGAACGAAUGAGAGCGGUGGCUCGGCCGUGCAGAUCCGGCCGUCGGCUCGCGACGACUUGGCAACUCGCACUUUUGCUAUACUAAAAACGGAGCCGGGAGAAAACCCAUGGGAUAUAGGGAUAUGGCGUAAUUGGCAAAGUGUCAUGGGCACCAACGUCUUGGACUGGAUUUUACCCCUUCGAAAGUCACCCUGCGUCAACCACGAGGGCCACGAUAGUUUCUACCCUAUGGGCCACGUCCUGACAGACGUCUUGGCCAGGUACGACCUCACCGACCUUGCGAUGAAGGACGGUUCGGGGCUCGAGAUGAGGGAGAUUUCAAGAGGUAGCAGGGUUUAGACACGUGCAUAAUAGAUACCCCUUUUUAGGCAUUGGAGUUGGGGGGUUUCUGGUGAGUUCAAGCUCAUACCGUACCCAGUACGUAUUUUGAUGGAACGCUUAUUUAGCGAGCUUGUUUAAUGAUAUUGUAAUCGAAAUAUAUAUAUACAUAAUUAAAAUUGGGAAAUAGAUGUCUACCUAUCUAAUGGUAACUUUGGCUUAUAAAUUAUGAAUAGGCGAGGCUCAAUUAUUAAUCAUGGCCUGGCUUGUGUGGUGGUCGGAUGAAAUAACUUCCCCUUUUUCAGCUCCCCCUAUUUACACACCAACUCCCAACUUGACUAUGCGAAACUUAUGCGCUGGGUAUAAGACGUUGCAUAACGUCUAGUUAAAUAUGUAAAAUAUGUCGAA